GGAUUAGAUUAACACGCUAAAAUCCAUUCAUCUAUCUGAGAAUAGCAACGAUGAUAAGAAUUAGUUCGAGAGCGGAAAAAAUCCGGUUCUUUCGAGUGCCAAGUGAAUCGGAUCUUGGAAAGGAUCUUCAAUUCCCACCACAAAAAAAACGUCAUAAGCAGAGGAGGGUGGUGAAGACGCUCUGUAAUUUGAUUGGUCAGGAGUGGCGGGAGCCUGCCCAGCCGCAGCUGACAGCUGAAGCUGAUUGGUCCGUAGAGACACGUGACAAUAAGGCUAUUGGUGGAGAUGUCGAAUAAAUGGCUGACAUUAGCGCGCCGCAUUCAAAGUUUUUCUGUACAUCCUUUGUUAGCAACUACAAGGAGCAUAGCAUCUUUUGAUUUUAACUUAUAUUUAUUGUAAUAUAUUAUUAAGUGUGUAUUUAAAUCAAAAUGGACUUCUACGAUUCGCCAGUUUGUCCAAUCAGGCUACAAAACUCACCGAGGAAAUCCCAAGGACAGAUUCAGAUUAUAUUUGGGCCGAUGUUUUCAGGCAAAAGCACUGAACUGAUGAGAAGAGUGCGCCGUUUCCAGGUGGCCCAGUACAAAUGUUUGAUCAUCAAAUAUGCCAAAGACAUCCGGUAUUCAGACUCAGGUGUGGCCACACAUGACAAAAUCACCAUGGAGGCCGUGCCUGCCACCUGCCUAGGAGACGUUCGCUCCGCCGCUCUGAAGGCCUGCGUCAUUGGGAUCGAUGAAGGACAGUUUUUUCCAGACACCGUGGAGUUUUGUGAGGAGAUGGCCAAUUUAGGGAAGACGGUCAUCGUGGCUGCGUUGGAUGGGACCUUCCAGAGGAAGCCUUUUGGAAACAUCCUGAACCUGGUUCCUCUGGCAGAAAGUGUGGUGAAGCUCCACGCCGUCUGCAUGCAGUGUUACAAAGAAGCCGCCUACACCAAGAGGCUCGGAGCAGAGAAGGAGGUGGAAGUGAUCGGCGGUGCUGACAAGUACCAGGCGGUGUGCAGAAAGUGCUACGGCGGUCUGGUGGUGGACAAAGAGAACAGCUCCUCCAUCAGGAAUGAAACGCCGCUUCACGUCCCGAUGGGAAAACUCGCCGACCCCAACGUUCCCCGGAAACUGUUCUCCCCUCUGCACCUCUGAGCAGGAAACAUAAGACUUGAUGCAGUCUUGUGUUGAAUUUGAACAAUGAACAAUCUGCUGUGUGUGAGAAGUGUGUGUCCAAUUUUCUUUGUUUUUCUUUCUUCUUUUGAGUGUUUUGAUUUUGUAAUGAAUUAACGUAGCGGCUCAAUAUUCUAAAAUUUUUUUGUCUGACGUGACAUUUUGGAUACUUGAAAGACAUUAGGCACUUGAUAUCUUUGUAUACUUUGUAACAGCUUACUAUUUAAUAACUUGAGGUAACAUCUGUGCCUUUUAGUUUAAUUCUGAUAUUUUUUACUGUGGUAUUUGCCUCGUCGGAUAUAAAAUCUUAAAUGAUCUUUAAGGAAAAUGCACAUUUUGCUCUCAAAUCCAGAAUACAUCUGUUUUAUUCUGUUUAAAGUCAGAAAUUAUAUAAUAAACUCAGAACUGACGCUUUUA